AUGAGACAUCUGGUAUCCAUUAAGGACUUGACUGAUGACGAGUUUAAACAUCUUGUCGAUAAAGCUGAACAUUUGAAGACUAUAUUCAAAUCUAAAGAUAACAGCGCAUUCGAAGAGCAACAUAAAAAGCUAAUUGGAAGAACUGUUGCUCUGCUGUUUUCUAAAAGAUCUACUAGAACCAGAAUCUCUACUGAAGGUGCAUCGGCGUUUUUCGGUGCUACUCCAAUGUUCCUCGGUAAAGAUGAUAUCCAACUAGGUGUUAACGAGUCGUUUAAAGAUACGGUUAAGGUUGUGUCUUCGAUGGUUUCAUGCAUCUUUGCAAGAGUAAAUAAGCAUUCAGAUAUCCAACAGCUUGUUCAGCAUUCCAGUGUCCCAAUAGUGAAUUCGCUGUGUGACAAGUUCCAUCCACUGCAAGCCAUAUGUGAUAUGUUGACUAUAAAGGAACAUUUUGAUUACACUAAUAAGAAGUUAAAAAUGGCCUGGGUUGGAGACAGUAACAAUGUCAUAAAUGAUAUGGCAAUUGCAGCUUUAAAGCUAGGAAUGGAUGUUGCUAUUGCAACACCAUCUGGUAUUGAGAUGGACAAGGAUAUCAAAGAAGCGGCGUAUGAGAUAUGUGCACGGUACAAUAACCAUCUUCUCUUCACUCAUGACCCUGUUGAGGCAGUUAAGGGUGCUAAUAUUGUUGUCACCGACACAUUUGUUUCUAUGGGUGAAGAAUAUAUGCAUAAAUCUAAGGUCAAGCAAUUUCAAGGCUACCAGGUAAACGCCCAACUGUGUGAACAUGCUGCACCUGACUAUAAAUUCAUGCAUUGUCUGCCAAGACAUCAAGAGGAGGUUUCAGAUGAAGUAUUUUACGGGGACCAUUCAAUUGUUUUUGAACAAGCUGAAAACCGGUUAUAUGCUGCAAUAGCGGUAAUUGAAACUUUAGUAAUUAACGGUGGAGAGUUCACAUGGAAUUAG